UUCAGGCGGCUGAGACUUCAUUGAAGGGGAGAUGGCAGCAAACAUGGAAAAUUUGCCCGAAAACCUUCUGUUGGAUAUCUUCAUCAUGGUUCCAGCAUGUGACCUCAUUUGCAAUUGCCGGCUGGUCUGCUCUCAGUGGCGGGACUUGGUAGACCUGCCGGUUCUGUGGAAGCGCAAGUUCCGGAAAAGGGACCACGACUCUUCUCCAAAGCCAUUGGCUUUCUACAUUUUCUCCCACCUAGAGAAGAACUUAAUCAAGAACCCUGAUGGCCAAGAUGGCCUGGACACCUGGCAGACACCUGGCAGACACCCAAAUCCAGACACCCAAAUCCAGACACCUGCCGAGGGCCACUGGGAAACUGAGGAACUGUCCAAAGAAGACUCAAUAACAGUCAGUGGGAUAAUCAAACCUUUUGAAUUCGGCAUUCUUGGGGAGAGAGGUGAAGAUGCUCCUGUUCAGCUCUACAAAUGCUUCGCUGCACGUAACGGGCCCUGCAGCAAGUCUCAGCUCAUCACCUUGAAGGACGAGGGCUACUGGGACGAACUGAUGGAUGAAGCCAGACCCAUGAUUGUGGUGGAUGACUUGUGAGUGCCAAGUGUC